GACUCAUAGAUACCGCGCAUUUUAAGGAAUGGAAGCUUUCGGUAUUUGAAUAAUAGCCAGUAUUUUUGCGAACAGUCAUGGCAAAACAAAGCUCUAUUUUUAAUUUUUUUACAAAGUCACCGCCAUCCGUUGCGAGAAUUAAAUCGAAUCCGUCUCCAGCUAAAGCAGAUUUGCCUUCUUCAGUUUGCAAAUCCAGUAGCGUUACGUUCCCUAAAGCAGAAGCAAAAUAUGCAGCCCAACACACUAAGAAGUGUUCGUCAAAACCGAACAAGACUCUGGAUAAGGAUGGCCACGCCAAAACUGUGUCUUCAGAUCAGAGCUCUUCAUUACCUUUCCAAGCUGGUCAUCUCAUAUGGGCAAAACUAGAGGGACAUCCAUGGUGGCCCUGUAUGGUAGUGCCUCAUCCUCUGUCUGGGCAGCAGAUGAGGGGAAGAGGCCAAGAUCAGAGAGUGCAUGUUCAUUUCUUUGAUGAGCCACCAACAAGAGGCUGGGUUAGAACAAAGUACAUUCGAGAAUUUAAAGGUUCAGACUGUGCUGAUGCCAAAACAGGUGGUGUGUUCUUCAGUGGCAAACCUGUGAUUCACAGGGCAAUGGAGCUGGCUGACCGUGCGCUGCAGGACAGUCCUGAUCAGAGACUCAAGAUGCCAGUUUGCAUGGAUGCCUCUGAUGAGGAGGACGAGGAAGAGAUGGAGGUUGAAAAGUCAACACCAUCAGAUGAUGAAAUCUCAGAAGAAGAGGUUGAGAAGGUGAAGGCCAGCAGGCGUUCAUCGCGUGCUGCAGCAGAGAAUGGUCAGAAGCCCAAACGCCGACGCAUUGUGGUGGCCUCUGACAGUGAAGGCUCUGAUGAUGAGUUCAAGCCAGAUCAGGAAGGUGGUAGCAGUGAUGAGGAAGAGGAUGAUGGAGUCAGUAGUGGAGUGGAGGAGAAGGAGGAAGAGAGCAUGUCUGAAUCUGAACCAAACAGCCCUGUAAAACCAGUAAAACGUAAACGUGGGUCAGUGAAGCCUCCUAAACUAAAGAAUAAACCUAUACCCUCAAAGGCCCCCAAAAGAUCUUCUGCAAACCUUCCUUCCCUUGCAGUGAACACAAAGUCUCGUCUGUCUGCUUUCUCUGCUCCAGAAAGCUUUGAAAGUCAGGGCAGUGGUGCAGGAGGCAUGGAAGGGCCUAAUGUGUGGGACCAUGAAAAACUGGACUGGUUGCAGGAUGGCAAAAGAAAGGAUGCUCAAAGGAGGCGUCAGUCAGAUGAAGACUACAACCCCACCACUCUCUAUGUGCCCGAAGACUUCCUUAACAGGGUUACACCUGGUAUGCGUCGCUGGUGGCAACUCAAGUCAGAUAUGUUUGAUACUGUUCUUUUCUAUAAGGUGGGAAAAUUCUAUGAACUCUACCACAUGGAUGCUGUAAUUGGGGUUAAUGAGUUGGGGCUCACCUUCAUGAAAGGCACUUGGGCACAUUCUGGUUUUCCAGAGAUAGGGUUUGGCCGUUUCUCUGGUGUUCUUGUACAAAAGGGUUACAAGGUGGCUCGUGUAGAACAGACUGAGACCCCUGAAAUGAUGGAAGCACGAUGCAAGACUAUGUUACGUCCGACAAAAUUUGACCGUGUUGUUCGUCGAGAGGUAUGCAGAAUAAUCACACGGGGCACACAGACAUACAGUGUACUCGAUGGUGCGCCUUCCGAGUCCCAGAGUAAGUACCUGUUAAGUGUGAAAGAGAAAAAUGAGGAGAGUACAGGCCAUGGACACAUAUAUGGGGUUUGCUUCAUUGAUACCUCCGUGGGUCGUUUUCACAUAGGUCAGUUCCAUGAUGACCGUCACUGUUCCCGUUUACGUACUCUGUUGGCACAUUAUGCCCCAGCCCAAAUAUUGUUUGAGAGGGGCAACUUGUCUGCUGAGACACGGAAAAUUUUCAAGGUGGGUCUUCCCUCAGCCAUGCAAGAGGGUCUCAGUGUUGGCUCACAAUUCUGGGAUGCACAGAAGACCUUAAAGACAUUGGCAGAAGAUGAUUACUUUAAAGAAGUCAAGGAGGGUGGUAUUGAAACAGGAGGAUCAGCCUUCCCCAGUGCUGUAAAAGCAAUGACCUCUGAGAGUGACUCAUUAAGUCUCACUCCUAAAGAGGGAUAUGAACUUGCCCUCUCUGCAUUGGGUGGUUGCGUAUUUUAUCUUAAGAAAUGUCUGGUGGAUCAGGAGCUGAUCUCCAUGGCCAACUUUGAAGAGUAUGUUCCAGUAGAUGUGGAGAUUGAGCAAGCAGGGGGUCAGUUGAGUUUCUUCGCCCAGACUCGCCAACGCAUGGUCCUGGAUGGAGUGACACUUACUAACCUUGAGAUCCUCCAGAAUGGUUCUACUGGAGGCCCAGAAGGUACUCUGCUUGAGUGCUUGGACACCUGCUGUACUCCCUUUGGUAAAAGGCUGCUAAAACAAUGGAUCUGUGCACCCCUCUGCAACCCUGCCUCCAUAGAGGAUCGAUUGGAUGCCCUGGAAGACCUAAUGCGUGUCCCAGCACAAGCUACUGAGGCUACAGAACUCUUGAAAAAACUUCCAGACCUGGAAAGGCUACUCAGCAAAAUUCAUAGCAUGGGAAUGCCUCUCAAGGGACAGAAUCACCCAGAUGGCAGAGCCAUUCUGUAUGAGGAGGUUGUUUAUAGCAAGCGCAAGAUUGCUGACUUCCUAUCAGUACUAGAGGGGUUCAAAGUCAUGCAGGAAAUCAUAUCUCUCCUGGAGCCUGUUUCAGAAGGAUUCCGAUCUAAAUUGCUAGAUCAGGUGGUGGUAUUGAAAACAAGGAGUGAGCAAGGGCAGUUUCCAGACCUUACACCAGAGCUCAACCGCUGGGACACUGCUUUUGAUCAUCAGAAAGCUCGUACCACAGGGGUGAUUACACCCAAGGCUGGCUUUGACCCAGAGUACGAUCAGGCCCUGAGUGGAAUAAAGGAUUGUGAGGGAAGCCUGCAGGACUACCUGGAGCGACAAAAGAAGAGACUUGGCUGCAAGAGUCUGUCUUAUUGGGGCACAGGACGGAACCGCUAUCAGAUGGAGGUUCCAGACAGUGUUUCUGAGAGGACCAUCCCAGAGGAGUAUGAGGUCAGAUCCACAAAGAAGGGUUGGAAGAGAUACUCAACAAAGGAGAUUGAGCGCUUGUUCUCAGAGUUGCAGAGCUGGGAAGAAAAAAGGGAUGCAGCAUUGAAAGAUUGCAUGAGGAGGCUGUUUUACAACUUUGAUAAAAACUACAGAGACUGGCAAACAGCCAUGGAAUGUAUGGCUGUGUUUGAUGUAUUGUUAAGCUUGUCUCGAUAUAGCCAGAGUGGUGAUGGGCCAAUGGCAAGACCAGAGAUGGUUCUCCCAGAUAACACCCCUGAGUUUUCCCCUUUCCUGGAGCUAAGAGGAUCCAGGCACCCCUGUGUCACAAAAACAUUCUUUGAUGAUGACUUCAUCCCCAAUGACAUAUUUAUUGGUUGUCCUGGUACUGAGGAAGAAGGCGGCAAAGACAAGAAAGCAUUGGCCCCAUGUGUGCUUGUCACUGGGCCAAACAUGGGUGGCAAAUCCACCCUAAUGAGACAGUGUGGUCUGGUGGUGAUCUUGGCUCAGCUAGGUUGCUAUGUACCUGCUGAAAGCCUGCGGCUCACUCCUGUGGAUCGCGUGUUCACACGUCUUGGUGCCUCAGAUCGCAUCAUGUCUGGGGAGAGUACUUUCUUUGUGGAGCUCAGUGAGACAGCUAGUAUCCUUCUGCAUGUGACCAGACAUUCACUCAUCCUCCUCGAUGAACUGGGCAGGGGUACAGCCACCUAUGAUGGUACAGCCAUAGCGAGUGCAGUAGUAAAGGAGCUAUCCGAGAAGAUACGCUGCCGAACCUUGUUUUCCACACAUUACCACUCAUUAGUGGAGGACUAUGCCCAGGACCCUGCUGUCAAACUUGGCCAUAUGGCCUGCAUGGUAGAGAAUGAGUGUGAGGACCCCAGCCAGGAGACCAUCACUUUUCUCUACAAGUUCAUUGGUGGAGCUUGUCCCAAGAGCUAUGGCUUCAAUGCUGCCCGCCUGGCCAAUAUCCCAGAAGUCGUCAUCCAGUCAGGACAUCGCAAAGCCAAGGUGUUUGAGAGGAACACUGUGGCUCUCAGGAUCUUCAAGAAGCUGUGUUCAUUUCUUGAAGAUCCCACAGCCAACCAUGAACAGUUUGCUAGGCUGGUUCAGAUGAUUGUCACCCUGUAAUAAAAAUAAGAUGCACUCCCAACAUCAGUUCUUGUUCAAUUAGAAAACAAAUUUCACUACUGAAAUGAUCUAAUAAAGUUUAUUUUUAAAAAUGAA